GCUCACUUCCCGACUCCGCCCCAAGUACCUCGCUUCUCUCCCCCAACUCCCACCGCCGUAUCUCGUUUCCCGUCCCUUGCGCCCGCGACCCGACCCCUCCACCGCCGCCCCGAACAUCGGGAUUCCUACUCCCGCGUAAGAGAACGAGCAACGAAACCGCAAAUGGCGUCGUACGGCCAUGCGGCGCCCGCAAACUACGGGGCAGGCCACGCCGCCCCCGCGCCGGUGGCUGCUGGUGGUGCCCCGGCCGGUACUUUCUCGCCGGGAACCAAGAUACAAGUUGGGAGUCACCGCGUGGUCAUUCAGAAAUACCUCUCUGAAGGCGGCUUCGCACACGUGUAUCUGGUCAAAAUGCCGACGCCCAUCAACGGGACGGACCAGGCCGUGUUGAAACGGGUGGCGGUCCCGGACAAGGACUCGCUGCGGGGGAUGCGCACCGAGGUCGAAACUAUGAAGCGCCUCAAGGGCCACCGCGCUAUUGUCACCUACAUUGACUCGCACGCCUCAGAGCUGCGCGGCGGCGGCUACGAAGUCUUCCUGCUCAUGGAAUACUGCAACGGCGGUGGGCUGAUCGACUUCAUGAACACGCGCCUGCAGCACCGCCUGACCGAGCCCGAGAUCCUCAAUAUCUUCGCCGAUGUUGCCGAAGGCGUCGCCUGCAUGCACUACCUGCGCCCAGCACUCUUGCACCGCGAUCUCAAAGUCGAGAACGUGCUCAUCACCCUCGUCGGGUCAACCCGCAAGUUCAAGCUCUGCGACUUCGGAUCGGCAGCCGCCCCGCGUGCCGCGCCCACAACUACCGCCGAGUGCCGCGCGAUGGACGAGGACGUACAAAAACACACGACCAUGCAAUACCGGAGUCCCGAGAUGGUAGACGUGUACAGGAAGCAACCCAUUGACGAGAAGUCCGACAUUUGGGCGCUCGGCGUCCUGCUCUACAAGCUUUGCUAUUAUACCACGCCGUUCGAAGAGCAGGGCCAGCUUGCCAUUCUCAACGCGAGCUAUCGGUUCCCCAGCCACCCUGCCUUUUCGGAUAGGCUUAAGGGGCUCAUUGCUUGGAUGCUGCGCGAGAACCCGCAGGUCAGACCCAAUAUUUAUCAGGUGCUCCGCGAGGCUUGCGCAAUGCAAAAUCGAGAGCCUCCCGUCAAGGAUAUCUACUCGAGCAAAUCGCAAGCGGACGCCCACCGGCGUGACCAGCCUCUACCCGAUCCCCAUGGGGCUAAGUCGCCGCCGACUGUUGGCGCCGUCUUCUCCCCACAAGCAACCCAGCACGAACCGGUGGUUCCUGAAGUCGAGCGGAUGCGAAGGGGAAGGGUACCCGUCUCCCAGUCGCCGCAGCCGAACCGGCCAAGUCCGUCUCCCGGCAAGGUGACGGACGGCGACCCCUUUGCCGCCCUUGACUCCAGAGCCGCAGUAAAGGGCGGAGAUGAGCUGUCCAACAAAUUCCCAACCCUCGACCAAUUCUCCCUGCUUCACGACAAGGGGCAGAAGUUUGAGUUUGAUGACGGCUUGGCCAACUCCCCACUGCAACCAAAGGACUUGUCCCAGCGGGUUGCCGAAAGAUUAGCAGAUGAGGCGUUCCAGGUGAAACCCUCUCCCGCUUCCGCGCCUGCUGCACCAAGCCCGAGGCAGUCUAUGGACGUUAGCAGACCAAACCCGUCGGUCAUGUCUCCGCCCCUUAAAUCAGCCACUGCUCCCUCAAAACCGCGAGAGGUCAGCCGUGCAUCAACCAUCAUCUCGAACACCCCUGAACUACAAGCUCUCUCGUCACCAACCCCACAAUCACCUCCCAAGUCGAAGAUGGUGUCAAUAGGGACGAUGACGUCCCCGUCACUGGACCAAGUUCCGCAGUACCAGAUCCAGCGUUUCCCGCCCAGUGAUCGCCACCGAGCAGCUAGUGUCCCUCGGCCGGCCCUCACCGGGCAAAACCCCCCGGCUCUUGGCGAAGGAACUGGUUCUCGGACGCCCUCGUUCCAGGGUGUUGUUGCCCAGCAAACACACGCACGCCACCCCUCGUCGUCGAGGCCGUCACUAGAAGGCGGGCGGCCGAACUUGGAUCAACUAGAUCCGGUCAGGCCGGGGUCUCGGCUCACCGUGAGGCCAAGACCUGUCAGUACACACCUAGAAUCCAAUCUCGAGUUUCUACGGGAGCAGGAGUCAAGAGCCAAGUCUCCCGCUUUACCGUCUCCGAGGCACUCGUUGGAGAAGAGCCAACCGCCGAGUCCGGACGAAGACACAAACAUCGAAUCCAACGUCGACUUCCUCCGUGCGAUGGAGGACUGGGAUCCGAAAAAGGACAAGUUCUCCAAGCAACACCCGAAGCGGGGCAGCCUCUCAUCGCUCGGCGCCGGCACCAAGAACAUCCUCGCCGGCAAGUUCGGCGACGCCUUCAAGCGCUUCGAGGGCAACACAACCGGCCCGCCCCAACCGCGCACACCCUCUCCCCUCAAAGACCUUGAACACCACGAUCGCCACACUCUCACUCCUAUCGCCGGCUCCGAGGCCGUUGACGGCCGCAGCGACGACGGCCAGUCACCGGAAUGGGAGGACAUGACACCCGAGAUGCGCCGCGAGCAAGAGGCGCUCAUGCUCGCGCAGGAGGAAGCACGCGUGGCCGCCGCGCAGGCCGAGUACCGGCAGCGCGUGGGCCAGCGGACCGGGGGCGGCGGCCCGCCCGUGCCCCCGCCCAAGAGCAUCGGCGGUGUCUCGCGCGUCGCCUCCAUCCAGAACAAGGUCCAGAGCCUCAUCGACGAGAGCAACCGCGCCUCCACCACCGUCACGCGCACCGCCCAGGGCUAUGGCCACUACUCCGACGCCGCCGCCACCCCCAACCCCAGCCAGGCGAGCGAAGGCGGCGGCGGGCACAAACCAGCGGUCCCGCGGAAACCGACAGGCGGGCAGGUAACAGGCGGGCAGCCGCCCCAACAACCGCAGCGCCCGACACCGUCGACCGCAGGCGUAGAGCCCGCCGCCACCGGCCGAACCAUGACCUCUACCACCACCGGCGGCAGCCGGCCCCCGGCCCCGCCGAAACCCACCCACCUCAACAAACCCCUGCCCGCAGGCGGCGGUGUCGUGCGGCCCCCGUCCCCGACCAAAAUGACCCCGCUCAUGCCGGACCUGUCAUCCAACACCCGAGGCAUCUCGUCACCCAAACUCAGGGGCCCCUCCUCCGCCGCUGCUGCUUCUGCUACUGCGGCUGGGAGUAGCGGUGGUGGCGGUGGUGGUGCUGCUGCUGGUGCUGCUGAGGCGCUGUUGGCGGUGGAUCUGCCCGGCGGGCAGGGGUCGGCGCUGCUGAGGAUGACGGCGGCGGAGAAGGAUGACUAUGUGCGGGAUUUCCAGAAGCGGUUUCCGAGCCUGGGGGCGAUUGAGAUGGUGGAGAGGGAUUUGGCGGCGGAGGAGGGGGGUGGUGCGGGUGCUAGGGGGAGGUGAGGUGGAUCUCCAGGCGUGGAGGGGGCUAUGGAAUGUGGUGGGUGGUUAGAUGGUAAUGUGGUGAGGCCGGGGUGGAAGCGAAGCGAGCCAAGGGGUGUAGAUGCGGUGGUGAUAAGGGUUGUUGUUGUUGUUGUUGUAGUUGCAUGAUGCGCUGUGGGGUGCAUUGUUAUACAGUACGGUACAAAACAAGCAUAGAAAUCGGCCGGUAGGCGAUGUUGGAUUUUAUCAACUUGGGAUGGUGGAGCUGUGGUCUGCUAGCGUGGGAAGGGUGAUGUGAUGCUAUA